GGAGACAUUGGUCUGACGAGCAGAGGAUCCGCUGCCUCUGCUCCAGAGCCUUCGUACAGGAUCGAGAGCUGUAUCGGUCCGAUAACAGGUUGCUGUCCCUCGACCUAGCAGACACUACAGUCCAAGCCGAAGAGGAGGCUGAGGAGGAGGUACUGAAUGAGGAGGCUCAGCUGAUGGCCAGCAUGGGUCUGCCUUUGGCCUUUGCCAGCUCGUCUGAGCAGAGGAGAGGGGGGGAGAAGUUUAACAGGAAGCCUGCCCCAUACUGGGAAGAAGCAGCUGAAGAGGAGGAAGAAGAGAGACAACCACAGGUUGAUACCAAAGUUGGUGAGAAGGAUGUGUGUGAUCCACUGGAAGGAGGAACAGAAGGGAUCCAAGAUGCUGGCUGGGAGAUGUACUGGGCACACCACGGUGAAGUGCUGCUGUGGAGCAGCUGGCUGGAGAAACACCCAGAGAGUGAGCUGCUCUCUGCAGAAGAUCCGGGAUCAGCGAUUGCUCCUUGGGACGACCCAGACACAAAGGCUGUCUGGGAUAAACAUGCUGCAGACACCUACUACUCCUUCUGGGAGCAGUACUCAUACUGGGCAGCACAGGGCUGGACCACUGACCACUUAGAGUGCAGUGGGAGAACCAGUGGAGAAGCAGCAGCAGGUGUGAUGGAGACACAGUCAGAGGAAGGAAGGGAUGGACAGGCUGGAGCUGAGAACCAGUGGAGAGGAGAAGAACUGAAGGAUCCCCAUGAUGACGUGGAGGAUUUGAAUGAUGCGUUUGGACAGAGCUGCACACUAGAGGCUGAGCGUCUGAGUGUGGCUGAGAGCAGAGAGCAGUUCUGUGGCCCUGAUGAGCCUUCUGAUGGUGGGGGUGACCCUAAGACACCCGCCUCCUCCUCACAGCAGAACACAGCCCAGCAGACAGAGUCCCAGCAGGCUGCUGGCAGCCCUGGCGGACAGUAUUGGCCGUGUGAAAAGACGUCAAAUGGAGACGACGAUGAGGAAGAUGACAAACCCCCGGGCGGAAGGCCUGCUAAAUUCAAGCGCAGUCAUGAGCUGGAUGUGGAGGAGAGCCCACAUCUGACACCUGAGGAAGCUUGGAGGAAACUGGGACUCAGACACAACCCGGAGCCUCGGUUUGACAGUGUGUUAAGCUUUAAAGGCGGGGCUGGUCCGAAGUGUCAGAGGCGGAGGUGGACUAAGAGAGCCGUCCGCAGCAUCAGCAAACACACCAGGUUCUCAGAGAUGCAUGGAGACUUGCAGCCACAGACCAGCACCUCCCUCUACAAGGUCAAAAACUUCCUUAAACAGAACCAGAGUGAAACACAUUUGAGUCCAUGUGAUGGGGGUGAAAUGGGAGUAGGAAAUACACAGGAACCUGAGGACAAGCCUCCAUUUCUGCAAGAAGAGACAGAAGAAGAGGAGAAGAGGAGGAGGAUAGAGAUGAAAAGUACUGAGAAAGGAAACAAAGAGGGUUUGGAGGAAGAGAGUUCUACCUCUGUGUCCAGUUUAGAUGCAGAGAGGAGGAAGGGCACGCAGUCCAGCACCUUCUUCAGCUCUGUGCAUAGUGAGAGGGAGGAGGAGGAGGAGGAGGAAGAAGAGCAGGUUGGCAGACAGUUAAGAUGCCUAGAAAUUCCUGACUUUCUCCUGGCUGAUACACCUGAAAGAAACAGUGAGUUGGAUGGGAAAUAUGGAGUAAAGCCAAAGAUGCAGAAGAGAAAGCAAAGCAGGAAGCAGCAGCUCCCAGAAGAGAUGGCAGCUGAACCAGAGCUGGCUAAAUACUGGGCACAACGCUACAGACUCUUCUCUCGCUUCGAUGAAGGGAUCAAGCUGGACCGAGAGGGCUGGUUCUCUGUGACACCAGAGAGGAUUGCUGAGCACAUUGCUGUCAGGGUGGAACACAGCUUCUCUGACUCUCAGCUGGUCAUAGACGCCUUCUGUGGUGUGGGAGGAAACACCAUCCAGUUUGCCCUCACUGGAAUGAGAGUUCUGGCCAUUGAUAUCGACCCGGUGCGGCUGGAACUGGCACGGCACAAUGCUAUGGUUUACGGCGUGGCUGACCGAAUUGACUUCCUGCAAGGAGACUUUCUUCAGCUGGCAUCCCGUCUCCGUGGCGAUGUGGUCUUCCUGUCACCACCAUGGGGAGGACCAGACUACCUGACCGCUGAGGUGUUUGACAUCAAGACCAUGAUGGAGCCUGAUGGAUUUGAGAUUUUCCGCCUGGCCAAACUGAUUUCAGACAAUAUAGUGUACUUCUUGCCUCGCAAUGCGGACAUGGAUCAGAUCGCCUCCCUGGCUGGUCCAGGUGGGAAGGUGGAGGUGGAGCAGAACUUCCUCAACAACAAGCUGAAGACUGUGACUGCUUACUUUGGCAGCUUGAUCAAGUCAGGCAGCUAGUGAUGGACCAGUCGGGAUUUCUUCCUCCACAAAAAUGAGAAUGGCACAAAAAUCACUUUCCCUCAUGUUCUAAAGUUCAACAUCUUGACUUACUUUUUGUACUGUUUGAUAUUCAGAUUUUGUCAGAUGCAAAUAAGAAAUAUUUCCGCCUAAAGCUGAUGAUCAGCACUUCUAACCAUCCUGUGUGUUUGGGUUUAUCCAGCUGGUUUUAGUAGAGAUUUGUGUGUCCCUCCGGCUGAGCUAACACUUUAAAAACACUGGAGCUCUGAUAGUUUUACAACAUUUUAUAUUUUAAUCCUUUUUUGUUGUACAUUAAAGCCAAUAAAUGCUUCUUAGAAUGUU